AGGGUUAGCACUACUGGGUCAGUAUCACAGGGAAAUAGACUGAGGAGACGGGGACACAAACAGCCGUAAAACGCCAGACCUAACAUCACCUUCCGCGCAGUCCUGUUCUUAGCAGAAUUUUCGCUGAAACGAUGCCGAAAGGAAAGGGUAAGAAAGGCGGCAAGGGCUCCGCAAAACCCAAAACCGCCGACGACAAAGACAAGGCAUUGUAUGUGAUAGAGAUAGGACAUUUGAAAGAGCAGCUGGAGAGAUGUCAGCUGAGAUGCAAUGACAUAGAGAGUAACAACAUUGCCCUAAAGUCCGAGUUGAGUACACUCGAAAAAGAGAAAAAUGACGUCGCCGACUUUCUCCAAAAGUCCAUUGUGAAGAGGGAGCAGAAGGUGGAAACCGUGAUGCAGCGAAUGGAUAAUCAGCAUCAGGAAGCUGAGAAUGAGAAAAAAGCCCGGCAGAAGGAAUUUGACCAGCAAAAACUGGAGCUUGAGAAUCAGGUAGAAGGAAUAAGAGUAGAGAGGGAUGAACUCAGGAAACGAAUGGCUAGUCUGGAGGAAUUCCGCAUUCAGAGGGAGCAGCUGAUGGCCAGCAUGGACGCUCUGGAGAAGGAGUUGGCCCUCGAGAAAAAGGACCACGUUGAUGACAUCCAUAAACUAGAGAUGGAUGCCCUGCUUGAAGGAAAGAAAAGGGACCAAAAGCUUGAGAACCACCUGAAAUACAUAGACGAAAAAGUGAAGGACAUGGUCAACGCCAAGGUUUCUGACCUGACCAAGAAUACCUUUCAGGAGAACGCCGAGGUCAGCGCCAAGUUUAUUCAGCUGACGGAAGAGGCAAAGGUCCUGACAAAGACCAACUGCGCUCUGCGCGAUCAAAACAGCCAGCUCAACGUGGACGUGGAAAGCCUGGAACAAAUGCUGGCCGAGUUGUCACGCAAAGGCGGCAUUCGCAAGAAGGUGGUGGCACAGCUGGGAGAGAAGUGUCAGCAGCUCCACGGGGAGGUCAAAGUCUUCAAACAGGAGUACCAGCACCUUCAGGCCAAGCACAAAGACUGCCUCCACAUUAUCCGUACCGAGAUGGGGGCGCUGAAGAAGGAGCGGAAGGCCCUCAUCGAGGAGCUGAGCCAAAAGCAAGACGAGAUCGCUCAAAUGAAGGUCGCGCUCAAGAAAGAGAGGAAGAGAUGGAUGACCUGGUGGCGGAUAUUAUCGUGGAAAAUGCCAACAGUGUCAAAGCCAGAGGGCAACACGGAUUGGUCCAAAUAUUUUGAAGAGGACGACGAAGACGACGGAAUGCAGAGAGAAGAACAACCGCAGAACGAGGCAGGUAGAGGGAUCGGGGAACGUACUGAUCCCAGCGUGCCAGAAUGAUGGGAACCUAAACCUGAAACCAAACGCUCCUUACUCUGUAUACACAGCUAACAAUGCAAAUGACAUGGAAAGGAAUCAACAUUAAAAAAAGAAAAAAAAAAUCGAAACGUGUGUACAAAACCCGAUUUCCAAUCGACACAGUAAGCUCUCGCAAAACUGUAACUACUGGCCACUCGUUACCAUAUGAAAUGAGUGUAAGACUCUCCAGCGACUGGGGCAUAAAUCCCUCUCCCAACCCGGAGUGGGAUUGCCGG